AUGUUGAGGGUUGCAGCUAAGAGGCUCUCCUCGCUCUCCUCCUCUCCGUGGAGGGCCAACUACGCCGCCUCAGCGGUUCUCUCACAGAGCCCCGUCGCGCCGCCCUUUUCCUCAGAGGAACGCAGAUCCGACUCGUUUUCGCUCCGACCGGAAUCCUUCCUUCCUUUCAGAGGUUUUGCUACUGAAGCUCUUAUCCACUCUAGAGAAAAUAGCCUUAUUCCUGAAAUUCCUGCAACUGUCACGGCUGUUAAAAACCCUUCUUCUAAGAUUAUAUAUGAUGAACACAACCAUGAGCGAUUUCCUCCUGGUGACCCAAGCAAAAGGGCAUUUGCUUACUUUGUCCUAACUGGUGGUAGGUUUGUUUAUGCCUCUUUGAUACGUCUCCUUGUCCUCAAGUUUGUGCUCAGCAUGUCAGCAAGUAAGGAUGUUCUUGCUCUGGCUUCACUGGAAGUUGAUCUCUCCAGCAUUGAGCCAGGCACUACUGUGACUGUUAAGUGGCGUGGAAAGCCAGUAUUCAUCAGGCGCCGAACAGAAGAUGAUAUUAAGCUUGCAAACAGUGUUGAUGUUGCAUCUCUCCGGGAUCCCCAGCAGGAUGCGGAAAGAGUUAAAAACCCUGAAUGGCUCAUUGUGAUUGGGGUGUGCACACAUCUGGGUUGCAUUCCCUUGCCAAAUGCGGGUGACUUUGGUGGAUGGUUUUGUCCAUGCCAUGGUUCACAUUAUGAUAUUUCUGGCAGAAUUAGGAAGGGACCGGCACCAUACAAUCUAGAGGUACCAACUUAUACCUUUUUGGAGGAAAACAAGUUGAUGAUUGGUUGA